AUGGCGUCAAGGGCGACAGUCUUCCAGACAGAUGUUUUGGAAUGGCUUUUGUCUAAUAAAGCUUCUUUGUCGCGGCUUCGUAAAGAAAGAUAUGCACUGGAAAAGGGAGUUAUGGACUAUUUGUAUGAAUUCAGAGAUAUGUUUCGGGAUGUGAAAGAAGGGGAAUCAAAGGAAGGAGAGAAAAAACUGGAAGGUGUUCAGGAAUCGGUUGGAUCCCGUUCCUUGAGUCAGUUUUACGAAUCAGAAGAAUUAGCUAAACGCAUGAAAUGGAAGCGCGUGACAUGGGACGAGGACGCGGACUAUAACAGUUUUUCACGUCGGCUUUUGGAUAACGAUAACUUGCUGAAAAAUGUGCCUGCAUUUUCUUUCUUGUCUAUUCACGUUACAAAUGAUCCUUCUUCUAUCCAGUUUGUGAAGUUCCCCGUUUGUAAGAAAAGCAUUGAACUGGGGACUCUUACAAAUUGGGCUCUUCAAGAACGUGAUCCUAUUUCUGUUGAAAAAUACCUACCAAGUAGGAAAAAUAAACUGCGUAGCGCAUUUACUGUGGAUUGGAUUGCCGGAGAAGUGAAAGUCAUUGACACUGCAUCUGUUCAAGAAGUUCUAACGUUUCUACAUACCGUCGCUCCACGUCUUCAGGCUGUUCAGCUUCGUAUGGAAGAACAACAGACGGCGUUAGUGGAGAAUGUUCAAGACGCAAAGAUACGUGUUGGAGCAGAAGUUAAAUUCAAUGAGCAUGACACAACUUUUUGGGAUGAUCCGAAGCGAAAAGACAACCUUGAUUACGUCACUCCCGAUGACGUAGAGAAAUUUCUUCAGGGUCUUUUAAAAUCGGCCUUUCUUUAUCGUUGGUUUUUAAAGGGUCAAGGCCUGCGUGUAUUGCCGCCUGGUAAGCCCUACUUUAUUGACAUGGAAAAAAAAGAAAUUCAAAUACCAGCAAAUUUUGCGGAAUUUAAUUGGCGUGCUGCUCAUAAACGCUUUGAGAAAAUUGAACGCAUUUUUUCUACUAUGAGAGCAUUCUGGUGGUUAUGGUUUUCUCUAGCGAUGGUGAUAAUAGGAGAUGUGGAACUUUUUUGA